AAAAAAAAUAUUAUCAAUAAAUUGUUAGGAUUAAAAAAAAUUCAAUUUUAUAUUCGUUCAACUAUUGUUCUUCUUAAUCAAAUUAAUUUACCAUCGAAUGAAGAUAUUCAAUGCACAUUCGAAGAUUUUCAUGAUAAUCAUAUUAUAUCUUAUGUCGAGUAUUUUUCAGAUAGUCAACGAGGACGAUGUCAUAUUUAUUCACAUCCUUAUACACUGUACGAAUAUUAUAAAAUAACAAAUAAUUUUCCAGGUGGAUUAUUUAAAUGUGUGUCUAAAAUAUCAUUAUAUGAUGAACGGCCAUUUCAACAUGAAUUUUUUCUUCGAAUUGCUCAAUCAUUUCCAUUUGUGAAAAAAAUAAGUUUAGAAAAUAUAAAACCGCAAAAUAAUAAAAAAUCUAAAAAUUCAGAAGAUGACAAUCAAAUUUUACCAAUUAUUGAAUAUCCUCAUCUUACUACACUUGAUCUUACUGAAGCUCAUUUAGAUUAUAUCGAAUUAUUUCUACUUGAUACCACAACACGUUUAUCAAAUAAUGUGUAUCUUGUUGUCGUUUACCAAGCGCUAAGAAGAGUAACAGAAAAAUUUACAAGAAAUGCAACACGAAUCAACGGCGAAAAAUUACGUCGUUUAAGUUUACUUGGGAAAUAUAGAAUUCCUAAAUAUGUAAAAGAAUAUUUUCCUCAUACAGAAAUAUUAAAUUAUUAA